AUGAGAACAUAUCAACUACGAGCCAUUUUUUGGAAAAACCUCCUUUUACGAAAAAAUUCACUGAUAACGACAAUUGUGGUUGUUUUCGCCUUACCAAUAUUAUCGUUUCUAUUGUUGGCAUUUAUACAUUCGAGAAAUAGUGCCGAAGCUAGUGCCAAAGUUAAGACUGUUACCCACCAUUCGCCAAAAGAUAUUCUAGGUGAUAAAUUUAAAAACGACAAAUCUGAAAUCUACUACAAUCCUUCUAAUACAUAUUUCGAUAAUUUGCUAAAUCGAGUAGGAAAACAAUUCGAGAUGUCCUAUACGGCCAUUCACAAAGUGAAGGACCUGAAACAGAUAGUGGAGCAGUCUGCUAAAAGUAAAAAAGAUCAUGUUUUUCUCAUCAUCUUUCAUUCUGCCGCUGAGUCCAGAAAUUUGGAUUACACCAUCAGAGUGCGAGAAAAUAUUUCGUCGCUAGAGCAAAAAUACUCUGAAACCAAAAGUCUUUACCUCAAAAGCGGAAAUCAUACUGGAGUGGGCAGCCAUUACCUAGAUAACGGAUUCGUUGCAAUUCAAAAAGCAGUGGAUAUAUCUUUUAUGGAAAUGGAACAAGAAAAACGAAAACUGUUUUCCAAAAUCGUUGCAGGAAGAGCGCAGGAAUUUCCUUAUCCGCCACAUAAAACAUCAGAGACAGUGGAAACUAUUUCGACGACUCUACCAAUUUUUACAUGGUUUAGCUUUUGCCUUAUCACUAUGGUAACACUAAAAAGCAUUACCGAAGAAAAAUAUACUGGAAUUAAGGAAUUGAUGAAAGUUGUAGGCCUAAGCAACUGGGUUAUAUGGAUUGGAUGGUUGUUACACAAUAUAUUUCCGAUGCUGAUCGUCGUGAGCAUUAUGGUAAUAUUCCUGAAAGUCAAUAUUUUUGGUAGAGGCUUUCCUAUUUUUGAAUACACCCAAGGAACUAUAGUGUAUGUAUUUUUAAUGCUCUACAUCUGCGCCACUACAACGCAGUGCUUUUUUAUCAGCACAUGGACGGAUAAACCUAACAUGGCAUCUUUGAUAGGACAACUAGUUUCCAUUGUGUCUUUCUUCGUACCGCUGCAACUAAUUCAGGCAAAUUACUUUUCAUUUUCGGCUGGCAUGGCGUUAAUGUUGUUGCCGCAGGCAGCGAUAAUUUAUGGUUAUCGAGCGAUGGCGUUUUAUGAAUCCGGACUUAUUGGAUCGAAAUGGUCUAACUUUCAUGUUGCCGGAGAUUAUGGAGGCAUAUCGCUGCUUCACGUUUUUAUUAUGCUAGUAGUUGAUUGCCUAAUUUAUAUGUUGCUGACCUUCUACUUAGACGUUGUAAAUCCCGGAAAAUAUGGCGUUCCUAGAUCCUUAAUUUUUCCAUUUGAAGAUUUAUGGAAGGUAAGAUUAUUCAGAUCCUCGUUAGUCGUGAAUUUACUUUAA